AUGGCAGACAUUCCCCUGGAACCCCCUCCUCGGGGCCUCAAAGGCAAAGCGGCUAUCGUCACCGGUGCCGGCUGUGCUGGUAACGGGAUCGGAAACGGGCGCGCAAUAGCUAUAAUGCUGGCUGAUGAAGGGUGCAGUGUUCUUUGCUUGGACAUGGACCUUGCGAACGUGGAAAAGACAGCUUGGAUGGCGAAUUCUAAAGCUGAUCGCGGCAAAGCGCUGGCUUUCAAGUGCGACGUCACAAAAGCGGAAGACUGUGAGGCCUCUGUUCAACAUGCCUUGAAAGCCUUUGGUAGACUGGACAUUCUUAUCAACAACGUUGGUAUAGGAGGAGCCCCAGGUACCGCACUGGAUGUGGAUAUGGAAGCGUUCGCGAAAGGGCUCGAGAUCAACAUAUCCAGCAUGGUGCUCAUGGCAAAGCACUGCAUCCCUGCAAUGCAGAAAAAUGAAGGUUCAGUAAGAGGAAGCAUUGUGAAUAUGGGGAGUGUAGCAGGCCUAAAAGGUGGGACACCUCACCUACUGUAUCCCACAAGCAAAGGUGCCGUAGUAAAUAUGACGCGAGCGAUGGCGGCGCACCAUGCGGAAUGUGGAAUCAGGGUAAACUGUGUCUGUCCUGGCAUGCUAUACACCCCUAUGAUGUACGCGAAAGGAAUGAGCGAAGAGGCUCGAGAAGCGAGGAAGAAGAGAAGCCUCCUCGGUACAGAAGGCAACGCGUGGGAUGCGGCUGCCGCGGUAGUUUUUCUUGCCAGUGACCAUGCGAGAUGGAUAACUGGCGCAAUACUUCCUGUCGAUGCCGGCGCAACUGCUGCAGUUGGCAUCGGAAUGCCCAAGGGCACAAGCGUAUAA